UUUGCAAUCCCUACCUACAGGCUACAAGGAACCAUUUUUUUUCCUUCCAAAUUUCAAAAUUGUAGUAAUAUUUUCUCGCAUUUUCCCACGAAAAUAGUGUGCUGGUGGCGUCCAUGGCGACGGCGUGGUUGUUGUUUGAAAAGCUGCAACUGGAAGAUCCAUGGCUUCCUCCAAAGCCUUGGGAAUCAAUAUCCUCUGAGAGCCCAUCUUUUCAGCAUCAAUCGUCUUCUUCUGUUUCUCUUUACAACACCUCUACUCUAUCCGAGACCAGUUUGGUGAGGCUUGCAAUGAAUGCUCUGCAAGGUGUAAAUUCAGCUCUCAUUAGUAUUGACAAGCUAUCUGCAGCAUUUUGUUCUCAUCCUGCUGACAGAACCUUCCAUCAAAUCCCAAGUUUGUGGAACUGGUCUUUGAGCACUUAUGCUUUGGGAAACAUCCUCAGAUCCAUAGGCUGCUCUGGUUCUGUCGUUUUCCUUCUCCGUAAAUUUGUGGAUUAUUUUCUGUGUACGGAUUUGAAUUUGGAUGGAAAUUUGAAAAAGCUACUAGAGAUUCAAAAUUGUGGUGAAAGUGAAGUGGAGGGGCAUCCUCAUUACAGUCUUGUAAAUCAGGCGUUUGCUGUUGCUGUGGAGAAGGUUCUCGAAGGAUACAUGGGGGCACUGGACACACUCUAUGCAUCAAUCAGUUUUAGGCGCUUGUCAAAGAGUGUUGAUAUGCCCUUUAGAAUGGGAAGUCUCACGAGUGUGGUGCAUUCUGAACUUACAUUGUUGGAAGUUUACUUGCACACAAAAGAAUUGAGAACUCAGAUACAAGCUCUCGGAAAUGUUUGCAACCUACCAAAUAUAGCUCCUUGCUCUUUGGAAUCAACUUUUGAAGAUAUUAUUUCUAAAGCAAGCUUGGAAUUUUGUAAUUUCCCUAGAGGAGGGAAUUUGCUUACUUAUUUGUAUACACAACUACAGGUUGCUGAUCCAGUUCAUCAUGUGCUUCUUAAGUAUCUCUUUCUUCAGUCGUGUGAACCAUAUUGUGGAUUUAUUAGAUCAUGGAUUUACAAAGCUGAGAUAAGUGAUCCUUACAGGGAGUUUAUUAUAGAGUAUGCUGAUGAUCAACCACCUUUUACACAUGGUAAAGCUGGCGUCUCUGUUGAUUUCUCAUCAGCAAGAAUUAGGGAGCAAGACGGAGUUGCUGUUCCAUGUUUUCUAAAAGACUUAUUGGUUCCCCUUUUCAGAGCUGGUCAGCAACUUCAAGUACUAAAGAAAUUGCUUGAAAUAUGUAAUUAUGUUGCCACUGAUGACCAUACAUAUGAGGAUAUCCUUCCUUGCUGGAGGGGUUUUUCAAGUAAUCAUCCAUCUUGUGCCUCCCUACUGACUUUUAACAAAGGAAACAUUGAAGCUAUGGUACUUGCAAGGAACCAUUUUUAUGAGAGGAUGCAGCAGAAACUUGAAAAUCUUUCAACAAAAUUGGAAACCAGAUAUCGACAGGUAGUUCCAGCUGCCACUGCAUCUGUUUUUCUUGAUAACAAUCCAGGGGGCCUAAAUAUCCCACUUUCAUUUACAUUGGAAGACACCUUGGUUUCCCCUUGUUCUGCCGAAAGAAGAGACUCAAAUGGGCCUGUUGGUACUGCAGAUUCCGAGGCCUGUAGCACAACAGAUGAGUUUUCUUCUGUGAUGGAUGCAUUGGAAUCAUCUGAAUCUGCAUCUUUAAAUAGUUCUGAAGAGCAAAAUGAUUUUGAGCUUCCUAAGAGUUUGGUUGGGCUUGAACAAAAGUAUUUGUCUGCUCUAUGCUUCGUCUCCCCAAGUAUCUCCAUUAAUAAUUCAUUGCAAAAGCCUCCUCAAAGUGAAAAGUUGUACUCUACGGAAAAUAAAUUGCAUGAAAUUUGUAAAAGUGCAGAUUCCAGUGAGCAUUUUGAGUAUUCUCAUCAUAAUGGAGCAAUUUCGAGCCACAUUCCUGUGCAUUUUGAAUCGGAAGAAUCAAAUUGGUCAUGGAUGUCUGAGGAUCAAUAUGCAGGUAAUCAGCAUGGCUCAAGCUGGCCACUUGGUGGCCUUCUGAAAAAUCCCUUCAAUGACAUAAACAAGACAAAUUUACCUUCAUCUGAAUGUGGCAUUAAGAUGAGCAAUAGAAAUGUGGGUGUCUUGAAGGAAGAAGAUAUAUCACAUUUUGGUAAAAAGAUUGAUACUUACAACUCUUUAGCUGUGAAAGCCAAUGACAAGGAUCAACAUGAAAAUCGAACUUAUGCUUCACCAAAUUCUUUUAAUUCACAAUCAUGGAACCUUAAAUACCAUUGCAAUAUUCUUAGUAUGAACCCAAUGUUGACAAAAAGUGGUUUCCUUCACACAAUGAGCAAUCCAGGAGGGAGGCACAGCUCAGACCAUGGAGAGUCUUUUCCUUUCCUUGACUUUUCGUAUGUAGAAGAUCCUCUUAAGUUAUGUGUGGAAAAGUUAAAUGUUAGUUCUGGACAUGGAUUUGGAUUUGGAGCAGGAGCUGAGAGUCCAUCGUUUACAGAUUCUGAUGCUUCUGCUAUAAGCGAUAUGAGAAAUUACCAUGAUAAAAAAGACUACAAUGGAGAUGAUACCUCAAUCGAUAACACCAAAUCAUAUAUUUGUUCAUCUUUGGACGUAAAUCAAUGCAACCAAGAGGAUGUUGUUUCAGCAAAUGUUUCAGGAGGGAGUAGUUGGGAGACUUUGCUCGCAAGUUCUGGGAAUGCGGUCAAUAAUAGUGUUGGACAGCAUACACUGAGUUUGGGAGGUGUGUUUGAGAUGCCACUUGAAUUCAUCAUCAACAAGUGCCUGUUGCCUGAAAUCUUGCUUCAAUAUAAGUAUGUGAGCAAAUUAACUAUUAAGUUGCUAGAAGAAGGAUUUGAUUUGCAAGAACAUUUUCUGGCAUUGCGGCGGUACCAUUUUAUGGAAUUAGCAGACUGGGCUGAUUUGUUCAUCAUGUCGCUUUGGAAUCAUAGAUGGAAUGUUACAGAGGCAGACCAGAGAUUAUCAGAAAUUCAAGGGCUCCUUGAAUUGUCUCUCCAGAGGUCUUCAUGUGAAAGAGACCUUAAAAAGGAUAAGUUAUUUGUGUACAUGAAAGGGCAUGCCAUGGCGCCUCUUUCGACUUUUUCCACUGGAGUGCAUUCCUUCAGCUUUUUAGGUUUGGGUUACAGAGUGGAUUGGCCAAUCAGCAUCAUUUUGACCCCAGGAGCAUUGAAAAUAUAUGCUGAUAUAUUCAGUUUCCUGAUACAAGUAAAGCUUGCUGCAUUUUCGUUAACUGAUGUAUGGUGUUCAUUAAAGGAUUUAAUGCAUUUAGUUAGUCAGAAUCGGCAUUCUAGCCUACAUGGACAGAAAAUUCAACAUUUGCAUAUCCUAAUAAAAACGAGGCACCAGGUUAAUCAUUUUGUUUCUACAUUACAGCAAUAUGUGCAGUCACACUUAUCACAUGUAUCCUGGUGCAGGUUUCUUCAAUCCCUUAACCAUAAGGUCAAAGACAUGAUGGAUCUUGAGUCGGUUCAUAUGACAUAUCUAAUGGAUUCACUACAUGUAUGCUUCCUCUCUGAUGCAACACGAUCAGUAGCUACUGUCAUUGAGAGCAUAUUGCAAUGUGCAGUAGACUUCCGGUUUUGUCUUACUGGUUGCACUUGGGAGGUUAAACAGGAUCAAGGAGAUGUGUUCAGUAAACUUUCUCAGAUCAACAUAACACAGGUGCUUGCUAUAAAAAGAGCAUUUGAUAAAAAUCUGAAAGAAUUGUAUCUAUGUUAUCUCAAAUCCCCUAAACAUGGUGAGUUUGGUCUUUCUCGUUUCUGGGGAUAUCUCAAUUACAAUGAGUAUUACUCAGAUGCUAAUGAAAUAGGAAAAUGGUGGUGAGUAGGGUUUUCUCAAAAUCAUGUAACCUGAAUGUCUUCAUCUUUUGUUGGUGUUCUCAUUUGAGCCUUGGUAGGCCUAUUAUCUUCAAUAUUCUCUAGUUUUUCGAGGGGUGAUGCUAAACUAUGACAUGGUGCCAGGGUAGUGAUCCCAUGUUUUUGGAUGUUGAACCAGGGGUGAGAAUUGUAUAUUGUGAUUCCUUGUUUUAGGAAAUGUGAAAAGAAAGAAGUUUCACUUGUGUUGUUGAA